AUGGAUAAUCACUCUGAAGAGGAGAGAAACAUAUCUACAGAGGAUAUUCUCAAAACGUUGGAUCGUUUCGGCUCAAAAACUCCAAGCCCGGUGGAAGAUGUAGGUAGGUUGAUCGCAAUGGAGUCCGUCGCCCGAAACGGGAAAGUUUUUUAUGUUAGCUUAUACGUCUCUACGGCCGGAAAAAAUCGCUUGCGAAUAAGAACAGUCUCAAAAAUGUCUGUUGGCUUAAUAAAAAAUCCUCUUCUAAAUAAACCGAUCUCUUAUUUUAGCCAGCCUCACGUACGUCACAUGAUUAUAAAAAAGUGUUAAAUUAGUCAUAUCUAAAAUACAGUUGUUGUUCGCCUCAUAAACGAGCUUUUACAAGCUGUAUUUCAUUCGAAAUGUAAGACUGUGUGUUGUAUAGUAAUAGAUUUAUUUCUAUCAUCAUAUCAUUGUCUUUAGAUCCCGCCAGUUCCUACUAUACAGUAUUCGCGUUUCACUUUGUUUUGGGGGGAUUUUCGACGCCUUGCAUUUUGCGAAGGUGUCAUGUUGCAAAAUAAAAUGUCAUCUGGCUAUCACUAGACUUUGGCGUUUGGAGUUAACUAUUUGGUUCAUAUUUAAUUUUGUUCGAAUAGCUCAAGUUAUAUUUACUCAUUGAAAAUGGAUUUCCGUUCAGCUUACUUUGUUAAGAUUUAAAGCGAGUAUAAUGCUUUUAAUACUUUUUGAACUUUUUCUCCUUCAAGGUCAUGUUUCUUGGCGAGUUCAUUUUAAAAAAUUAAUUUUCUCCAGUUCUUUCCAAGAAAAGGUUCUAUUAUUAAUUUCUUUGUUGAAAACAAUGAUUUUCAUUUCUAAGCUGACACAUUAAAAAUUAAGACUUUGUCAACUCCUGAUUUUAUGUUAAUCUUUUUUAAAAGAAAAUUUUCUAUGACUGUAUGUGACUGACAGAUUAGAUUAGUUCCAGGAUAUAGCUUUUUAUGGACUUCACAUUAUCUUAUGUGUUACUUUACUAAAAUUCAAAAUCUGUUUAACUUUUCUUGAGGUAAUAUUUAAUAUUCUGUGGUAUGUAAAAAAUCACAACUCGAUAUUGUGUGUUUUCUCGAAAAAGUAUUGAAAACCUUCAACUCAAAAGAAGUUUGGCAUUAAAAUACUAUUAAUUCAAAGCCUUUCAUAAUUUACUCAAAAAUAUGUCUUCCUUGAAAGGUCUUUUUCAUUUGGUUUUGGUUAACAGGUGACAUAUACUAGCAUCUGAAAUUUGUUGUUUUCAAAAUAAUUAUUAUUCUUCCCAUUUUCAAUCUUCACAUUUAUGUGAAAAAAUGAUGUAAGUGGUUUUGUAGUUAAGCUGAUAUAUUUCUGAUACAAACAAACCUUAACUAUAAAACGCUUUUGAAUUAUUGAAGGCAUCAGGGUUUUGGCAAAUACAAUGUAGUUUUUGAGAAAUGUCCCCUUUGAUUAUCCUUGGUAGCGCUACAGUUAAUUUAAAACGAAUAUCACAUACGUGUUUUUUUAAAAGCAGGUUUGGUUGUAGCACUUUUCAUGGCUGAUGUAUUUUAUUAAAAUUUUGGAAAGAAACUCUUCCCUAUAUUGCAUAGUUAAUUCAAGUAACGAUAAAGGUAUCUUGAUUUGUACAUAGUACAAUGCAAAUUCUGUACGUGUUCAACUAAAGAUAACUAGAUAAUUCAUAAUCUCUUGUUUGUGAGAAGACCAAACCAAUAAAAAUGCUUUUAAUAUUAUACACAACUGUAUUUUUGCGCUGCAGUUUUAUUUAUUUUUGUUGUCUAAACUAGCCAUUGUUUUUAGUCUGACAAUAAUAAUUAGUUGCAGACCUUAGCUUAAGUAGUUUUGCACAUAUUUUUUGAAGAAUUGUUAGUAUUAAGAAAAUAUGUAUAUUUUUUGGCUACCAUAAAAUGUAAAUUCACAAGCUGAGUUUUUCGUCAGCUCUUAGCAGAGUUUCUGUCAUGUACAGUGCAAAUCUUCCUGUCUCUUGUAUAGGUCACCAAAACUCUCAGGACUGAGAUAAAAUUGAUCUUUUCUGUGCUUUAGUUUGGAAGCCCAAAUUUCUCCAGCAUUCCAAGAAAUGGUUUCUGGCAGAACUUUACAUUUUUUUGAUCACUGGGUGGUCUGUACUUCAUGUAAGACUACAUGACUUAUGGAAUGGGAUAACAUAUAGUUUCGGUAUUAUUAUUCUCUUUUUCACAGAUGAUCAGUUUGUUAGCUCAGGAAGAUCUUCUCAGAGAUUAUCUUUAGUUGAUGAUCCACUUAGUAAUCAGAGACUCAGUUUUGUUUCCGUUGAUGGAAGCGAAAUUGACUCAGACUAUAGCUCCGCCAGUUCAGUGGUUCCUGCAUCAUCUGAGGAACAGAAGAAUCUAGAGUAAGUUCAAUAUCAGUUAAUGAUUGUGGUAUAAAUUAUGCCAACUACCCCGAUAUGGCACCUAUCUCCCAGUCUUCUGUAGAGGUUACCAAAUCUCCCUGAUAAAAUAAACUUCUGACCUCUUCUGUGCUUUAGCAUAGAAUUCAGCGCAAGACAUCCUUUCAUUCAAACUAUGGAUUUGAUCAGUAUUGAGAAAGGAAUGUUAAACCGAUCAUCAAUUAAGCUUAGAAAAUUAUUGUCUGUUUGUUUUUACAAUGACUUUUGACAGUUUUUAACAUCCAUUUCCAUUGAAGUUUCUCAGAAAAUCACGAAUUGGAGAAAGAGAAAAAUGAAUGCGCCUCUCCUUCACGUCAUUUCUAUGGUCUAUACUCUCAUGGACCAUAGCUCUCUUGACCAAUCAGUUUUUGAGAAAUAGCUCAUCGAGGUAAAAAAAAAUAAUCCAGCUAUCAAUGAAUUAUUUGAAGUGUUUGUUUGUUUUUUUUGUUUUCUCAGGUUAGAGUGGCGAGAGCUCUUUGGCUCCAGUACAUACUAUGCCAUAGUAAGGACCAGAGACGUUUUUUGUGGUUAAUUAUACACUACACAAUACCAUGUUUCUGUGCCAUUUAUACCAUAGAACUGCAGACAAAAGGAUUUUAGCAAAACUAGCUUUUGCAAUUGACUAUGGUUGCUCACUGGGUAGGGCAAAAAUGUGGUCCAGCGGGCAAUGACAGGUCAAGACAUGCUGGCAUUUAUGCCAUGCUGCAGUGGCUAGCCGGUGGACAGGUCCGUUUAAAUCUCUGCCCUUGGAUGAUGUCUCAUGGAGGAAGAAUGUUUUAAAUGUGCCAGCUCUCUUUUGUUUCCAGGAGUUCCCCUCUUCAUGCAAAUCUUUGGUUUUUAACUUUGCAGAUCAGGCAGCAUGCUUUAGACGGCAAGCUUCGAUUUUCCAACUUUAGGAGCAUCUGCUGGAAGGUGAUGUGUUAAUUAUAAAAGUUGCACAACUCUACGUUUAAAACCGCUUGGAGUUUGGUUGGUUAUGCAUUAUAAUUAUGACUCCAAUGAAAGUUCACCAAUUUUAAAUUUUAUACAAAACAUGUCAAAAACUUUUUCAAGAGCAGGGUUCGCACAGUCUUGAAAAGUCCUUGAAUUUUAGGGGAAGUCCUUGAAAAGUCCUUGAAUUCCAUUUUUCCUUGAAAAGUCCUUAAAUUUCUGUGCAAGUCCUUGAAAAGAGCUUGAAUUUUCUUCAACUUUGAAUGCAGUAGCCUGGAAAGAAUUUUUUGAUGCUUUUUGGUUGUCCAAGACAGAAUAUAAAUCGUAGCUCAGUGAAUGUAAAGGUCAUUUACAUAAAGUGCUCCAUGUUUUAUGCAAUAAUUAACUAUCAGUUUAAGACAAGUGAACUGAAAAAUGUAGAGAAUUUGGUGAAGCAAACAGUUAAAGCCUUAAAGUCUUAUUAGAAUAUACUGGGAAUAUGCAUUUUUGUACAAUCUGUGAAAUUAUAUUCCUAGUAGGUUGUCCUUGAAAAUCUAAUGUGGUCCUUGAAAAGUCCUUGAAAAAUGGUUGCAAUUUUUUGUAUGAACCCUGAAGAGGCAACUGCUUAAUCUAGCACCUAGUCUGUGCCAUACUGACGGAACUUAAAACUUCUGGAAAACAGCAUCAAAAUCCUUGUUCUGGGUCGCCACCUGUGUACCUCGAUUUGAGUAUGCGCCAUGGUUAUGGCCUGGUUAAGAAUCCAAAGUUGAUUUGCCCAUCAGGUUGAAGGGAAAUUUCAAAUGACUUCCUGGUAAUUUAUCUCAGUCCGUUGGAGGACCAGAUCAAGGAUAUUGGCUCUGCUUAUUAUUAUAAUAAUUAUAAUAAUUAUAAUAAUUAUUAUUAUUGGGCUAAGAUUAUGUCUGUGACACAGGCUAUCCAACAUCAUUCCUUCUUUAAUAUCUAUCUACACUGUGCUUUACUUGCGGGUAGUCUGUUAAUCUUUCGUAUUAAUUUAUAUCAAACAGGUUUUCUUGGAGUGUCUACCAGAGCAAAAAGAUGAUUGGGUGAUGAAGACAACUAAACUUAGGAAUGACUACACCCAGUUCAAGAACAAGGUCAGUGACAUCUGUACAGAUACAUGGGAUUUGUUCACACUGUACUGGUAGCUUUUCAUGCUGACAUGAAAAGCUAUCUGAUAUUACAUGAACAGCAAUGGCUCAGAACUGGGACAAGUCGCUCACACACAAUUCCUCUUGCACAGCCACGCAAAAAUUAUCUCCAUAAUAGUUUUUGCUACAGUGGUGCUGUUCUGUGGAAUAGUCUCCCUGAAAUUGUAAGGCAAGCAGAAUCCCCCUGUAAUUUUAAGUCACUUUUACACGGUUAUUAUAAUAUCAAGUAAGGCAUGGUAUUUUUUCUUUUUUCGUAUGUACUCUAUUGAAUAACUUUAAUAUUGUAAUAAUAGUGGAACCCAGUAAAUGUACUUAUGGUUUUUUAGAAUAUUUCAUGCCUGAUGAAUUUGAUACUGUGCAUAAAUAAAGAGUACCUUACCUUAUCCUUGCAAGGAGCAGUAUCAGAGCAGUUGGCUGGGAGGGUUUGAUCAGCUAAAUCCCAGCUCUCACUCCUGAAUAUUUUACUUCAGUCUCUGCGGAUUCCAGGCGUCACUCUUAAUUAUUAUUCACCUCCGCUACAGUCCAAAUACCUGUUCGUACUGCAACAAAAUGUAGCACAGAAUCUAUCUGAUAUGUGACGAUGAUCCUCCUGCAAGAUCGGCAUAGCAUAGCUUGGCUCUGUUACAAAAAUCUUGCCAAAACCGCCAUUCUUAUGUGUGAACAGAAUUCCUAUCCAGUAUUAGUAAAAUCCAACUAGUGGUCUGUUAUCAAUGCUGCAUUCUGAUUGGUUGAGCUGCUACUAGGGUAUAUGUCAUAGCCCACUAGUAGCAAAAAGUGCGUGCUUUUUGGCGGCAAAAAAGGAUUAAAGUCUAGCUUUAACUAGCUAAAAGUUUUUUAUUCUCGAUAUUUUUGACCAACUAGUUGGAUUUUACUAAAACAAUUAUUCCUCUCGCCCUCAUGGCCUCUGAGUCAAUAGCCCAUUCGGCCUUCGCCCUCAUUGACUAUUGACUCAGAGCCCAUUCGGGCUCGAGGAAUAAAAAUUGUUAAUGAUUUUCAUGCUGGCGCAAGUGCUAUCCGGUGUAGCGUGAAUGUAGCCAGCCUCGAUUAAAAAUGCCAUUCAGCAGCGUUCAAAAAAACUAGAAUACUAUUAAUACAUUUAAAUGUGGCAAUUUAUUAAUUAUUAUUCUUCAAUAUUAUUGUCUCUUGCUAGUGUUUGUUUGAUCCAAACAAAGGAAAAAAUCAAGAACUGGACUUGACAGUUUUUAAUCCUCUCUCUCAAGAUGAAACUGUAAGUGCAACAUGCCUGUAUUAAAGAGAUUAAUAAAAUAAAUGAAUAAAUAAGUAAUAAUAAAUUAGUGUAGAAUUUCCUUUAACCACAUUGUCGAAAGUGGCUUGCUGCUUGAAUGCUUAGACGUAUUAUGCAAAUUUCGCUCUGCACACUUUAUUGUAGCUUACUUAAAAAUUAUUGAAAUUCAAUACUAAUAAAUUAUUGAAAGUCAAUACUGAUAAAUUAUUGAAAGUCAAUUUCAUCAUUUUUCUUCAGAGUCCGUGGAAACAAUACUUCUUAGACAAUGAGAUCAAGUCAACAAUAAAGCAAGAUCUGGAUAGACUGUAAGUAUAAACGCUUUUUUUUUCUUAGUCCAUUUUUCCUUGUUAUAAGCUAAAUAAACUUAUAAUGGUCCCUGUCUUCACUUCAAAUUCCAAUUGAAAGUUAGACAGUUCUGUUCAAGGAAUACAUAGAUUAAGAGAGCCAGGCUUCACCGGACUCCUUAUUUUGUCCAUGAGUUGCAGUGUGAAAAAAAAGUUAUGUCCAUGAUAAAAAUGUCUGGAAAAAGUUUAGCAUUGGUACUACACGUCACUGAGCAAAUGUGCCUUUUUGUUGUCCUGCAACAGGUUUCCAGAAAUCGAGUUUUUCCAACAGUCAAAAAUAAAGUAAGUGAAAACCAUGUUAAAUGUAUUAUUUGGUGUUUAAUUUUAAAUUUCAUUCUAGACGUUUGGUUGACUAAAGUGGUGGUUGCUUCAUAGAUAGCCCAAACUCACGUUACGAGAAAAUGGUGUAAAUUAAAGUAAUUUACAUGCCGUAGGUGACACGUGAUGCUUGUACUGGAUGCGCCAAUUUUCCGUUACAGGAAACCAUUGAAAAUAAGAGACUUUGUAUAUGAGAAAUAAAAUACUGAGGUCUGUGAAUGCUAAAUAAAAAUGUUAAAUCUAAACUUUUGUUCAAGGAAAAGAGUAAAACAGACCUAUCUGUGAUGUAUUCCACUUUGUUUUGGUGUUUGCUAAUUAUUUCACUGGAUUUUUAGGCUCAAUUGCAGAACAACUGUAACAUCGCCUUCUUUUCCUCAUACAAAGUCUCUUAUUUUCAAUGGUCUCCUGUAAUGCGACACCAAUGCAUCCAUUACAAAGGUCACGUGUCACCUAUGGCGUGUAAACUACUUUACACCCUCUUCUCUUGUGGUGAGUUUGGGGUGCCUGUGGUUGCUUUUGAUGGAGUUGAGUAUUUAUGCAAGAUGCUUUUUUGUGUCUCUUUGAAGGGAAAUGAUGCUCAACAUUCUCUUCUGUCAUGCUAAAAAGAAUGAAGCCCUCGGUUAUAAACAGGUACCACAAAAUGAUGUAAAGCCAGUUUAUAAAACACAGCAGGGAAAGUUAGGAUUGAGAUUUUUCUGCCCCAGCACAUACUAAUUGACCAGUUUGAAAAUGAUGAAGAUCUAUAAAAUGAAAAGAAUUCGUAUAUAUCCACCGAGCUAUUUUUUCUCGCAGCUAACAUUGCUCUUAACUUGCUUAAUUUUUUUGUGGGGCAAUUACAAUACCUCUCUGGCUAGUACAUGCAACAUGUAGCUUCAGCUUGCUCAAAGGUUAGGAUUCUGUAAAACUGACUUUCUUUUAAGUUUAAUUUGCACCCUGGCAGAGAGAAAAUUUUGCUAUUUUGAGAUUUCAAGCUAUUUCUGACUGACUUACUGCUAUCUCUUAUGAGGCCCAGUUCCAGUAUAAAAUGUUUAGUGGGGUCAUUAGUCUCUUCGGGAUUUAGGAGCUCAACUGCAAUUUGUUACUCUCUUAUUUGUUUAUCAGUGUUUUUGUAAUAGAUUUUACUUGUUUUCUCUCAACACCAGGGAAUGCAUGAGUUAUUAGCACCCAUAGUGUAUGUUUUACACGAGGAAGCAAAGAUUUAUCCGUACUUAGAAGGAUCAAAUCUGUAAGUGAAGUUGUUUACAUUAACAAUCUUUUCAGCUCUAAGAAUUCCCCCAAACAAGGGUUCGUACAUCUUCUUCUGACAAAAGAUAGGAAGUGAAAGGACCACUUAACUCCAUGCUAAAAAGUGACAAUCAAAAAUAACUUUUUAGGACCACGGAAAAGGUGACUGCGACCUUGUUUUAUGCUGUUUCAAUCUAUGGCAUUUUUAAGGUUGUAUCCCAUAAUUUUAGCGUGAGAUAGGUCACGUGAUCCUGAGCUGCAUAGGACCUGUUGAACUACAACAGGCCAUUUGCACGAUGGCGUCAUUUUAGUAGUACGACUAGAAUCCUUUUCGCUUUUCCUUUCAUAUUUAAAUUUUGUAAUCCCGGUGAGGUUGGAAUAACAAAAGCCUUAAUUUGCACGAGAAAGCAAAACCCUGAAGGAUUCUGCAAUCUGGUCAUACUAGUAAAAUGAUGUCAUCGUGCAAACGGCCUAUUGAACCUUUCUCUUAUAAAGGCCGAUAAAUCAGAUUACCGCCCUUUUGUUUGAUGACUAUGUUAAAUAAUUUUGCACGUGUCCCCACCGACAAAAUUUUUAAGUUCGCUCAAUUUGCAACAGAACUCCCAAAUAUUUAACUCGGUUAAAUAUCGCGGCGCGCAUUUUGCGGGUGGAAAUUCUGCCAGGAUGAAACCCAAAAUGGGUACACCAAUGGCAGAAGCUUUGCAAAUUGCGUGCCCCGGAGCACGUUCUUUAAAUCCCCCGUGUGUAUCGCGCUUUCCCGUCGUUUAACAACUGUUAAAUGAACGGCUCUCAUUUAACAGCUAGUUAAAUAAUGGAGUCCCCACCGACAAAAUAUUUUGUCAGUGAAAUAAGAGGUGUCUUGUCUUUUCCCCGAGGGUAGCCGCGUAAUGUAGGUUCAACUACAUCUUAUUUCCAACCUUCCGCCAACUCGGCCAAGAAAAGCGAGUGUCUUAAUACUACUUUUUUCAACCGCAGAAAAAUAGCCAAAUUUCUAAUGGACAAAAACUUUUUGGAGCAUGAUGCCUUGUAAGUACCUUCAAGCUUUAAACCACUAACAUGAGAUUAUAUAACAGUAAAGUUAAAGUCUGUUGUCGUUAAAAGAAUUCCUCUGUUAAUUCAGACUGUCUAGAUAGAUUUGUCUGUUUCUCAGUGGUGUGCACGGCAGUGAUGAGUUUUUAGCGUUAACUCUCCAAAAAUGGUAAUGCCCCUUUUGUUUUCAAACUAACGGUUUAUUCGGCCAGUUCUGACUUUUAUAAGCACCCUUAGAUAAAAGUAGCAAGGUUAAGGUCAAGGCGCACUCGAGCCGAAGCCCCUAAUGGCCAGGGCUUAUCCCGGUUUCCUUAGCAUAAAGCAUGCCUAGGGGUAUUGCUACACCCCCCUGGACGAGAUGCUAGCCCAUUGCAGGGUUACUCCCCAGCGGUUUGUGCCAACCCGUUUAUACACCUGAGGGACAAUGGGCGAAGAGAGGCAAAGUGGAGUAAAGUUCCUUGUCUAAGGAAACAACGCGACGGGUGAGGCCUUAACCCCGGACUUCCAGUUCUGAAGUCCGAGGUGUUAACCGCCCGGUCAUACACGCAACCGCGUGGAUGUUACAAUAUUUUCUACAUAAAAUUACCGGAACCAAUAACACGACCAAUCUUUCAAGUUGGAGGCUAGCGAUGUUAUAGUUAUUCUGAACAAAAGGUUUAGGAUUCAUUGUAACCUUGGUUUUUCUGUCAAACAGCGCUCUGUUUGUCCAGCUCAUGGAUCAAACAGAGACAUGGUACCUUCAGGUUCCUGUGCCAGGUCUCUUAGAGAGAAACAAGGUUAGCAUCCCUGUGCCUUGUUUGUUGUUGUAGUUUGUGUAUUUACCUGUGAAUUAAGGUACAGUAAAAUGAGAAGAAAAAAAAAGUGUAUCUUUUUUCGAGUUGAAUAGCGAUUCUGCGCGUUUUACCACCCAAAUUCAAACCUGUCUUGCAACAAAUCAGGUUGUUGCACGUUGCGAAAAGUUGUUGCAGAACGUAGAGAGUAGUUCUACUUUUGCAACAAAAUCAGUACAUGUUGCGCGUUUACCGACCCAAGGCUUGUUUUGCAGCAAGUGACGUAACUCCUGUGUAUGGCGUCACUCCCACGAAAUUUAUCCAAUCAUAAGUCAGUAUUCAGAGAACUUUCAAAUACCUGAUUUGUUGCAACAUUGACAGGUUUGAACGUGGGUGGAAAAGCGCGCAGCGUUACUUUUUUCAACUGAACUCAUUUUGCAGCAAUAUUGCUCGUUUUAGCGUAGGUUUACCAUCCACACAAUUGAUAUUUAGGUGGUAGCAACUCUCAUACCGCCAAAAAAAUGUUUGCCGCCCUGAAUUGAGUAGAAUUAUCUUCUGGAGAAGUGUCUCAACGUUCCCAUGCUUGAUACGAGUAGUGAAGGAUUAGAUAAAGUGGGAGAGUUCCUCACUCCAGACACUCGCUCAGUCUUGCUCUCACGCUGUUCUGACUGAAGACGCCGCCAUUUGUUGAUCGUUCGACGAAAGGCAGUAAACAAACAAACAAAUGACUGGUAAUGCAUUUUCUUUCGACGAAACCAUACACGCUUUCCUUCAAACGUUUGCACUUCGUUACUUUAAAAAGCGACGUUGCUACCAAAAGAGGUAAUUAACUGCAUUUUCUCACACUUUAUUCAUCACGAGACAGUUUUUAUUUUAACAGACGGGUUUUUUCAUCUUAUUGUUGACAGUUUUUAGAUCCGCAUGCUGAACCAUUUGCUGAUCAAGAUCUCGUACCCGUAAGUGAAGCGUCACUCAAACCAACGACUCUAUUAUAGCAUGCAAGCAUAUGUUUACGGUUAUAAUUAUAUACAUGUUUACUUGUUUACAUGGAAAACUUCGGUUGUUUCUUGGUGCUGUGGAACUGUCAUUUGUUCGCUUUUGUUUUGUGUGGGUAUUGUCCAGUGUCUAUUGAUCUUUUAAAUAAUUUUCACCUUAUUUAUCUAAAUAACUGAAGAGACGUUCUAUUGAACCUUUCUGAACAGAACCUCAAGCCUUCAUCCAAAGUAAUCAGGAUGAAAGUAACACGUUAAAAACGCGGGUUUUCAAUAUAGUUUUCUUUCCUUUUUUUUUUUUUAGUCAACUGCUAUCGUCAAGAAAUUGAAUAGAAUACAAGAGCAUAUGUUAAGAAAAUACGACCCAGAAUUGUGGAUCCACAUGAAAAAUCUGGAAAUCACGCCACAAGUGUAUGGGCUGUAAGUGGCGAUUAAAUAAUAUGGUAACAGACCUAUCCGUUGUAGAGAGCGUGCGCAAAGAUUUUCACUAAAAAGCAAGCGUGAUCUGGGGUCGUGACCUUGCUACGACAAUAGUUACCUUCCGAAACUACGACGGCGACGCCUAUUCCCCUUUCGUAAAUGGUCGUUGCUAUUUUUAACGGUCGAUACCACCAUUGGUUACCAAGCCUUUAGUCAUGGUAGAUGUACUAUAAUCUCUGGAUUGAAUUACAAUAAGGCAAAUAAUACGUUUUUCCUGUCUGAACUCGGGCUCGGUACCCUCGCUUCGGCUCCGACCUAAAUUCCCUUACUUUGGAUAAUCGCAAAAUAGUUUGAAAGGUUGCGAGGUCUAUUUUUCACUGACGUUUUCAUGGGCGUCGCCGCUGUUGGAUCGUAAGAUUGCGCCGUGACUUUGGUUUUAGCUUUUUUCGAGGAAGACUUGAAAAGUCACAUUUGAGAAUCGAAGCUGGGGGAUAUGUGUUAAAGACUAGCGUUGGCAUAGUUACUCUGACCUUGACCUUUCCCAAGGGAAACUAGCAACGUCGUAUUCAGGAAUCGAGGCCGCGUGACAUGAGUCGAAGCGAUCCCAUGAUUAUUGUGAGCUUAACGUUACCCGAGGGAAACUUGCAAAGUCGAAUUCAGGGAAUCGAGGACGCGUCGCAUUUGUUGAAGACUAACGUUUCCACAAUUGCCCAUUUCGGCUUUCAUUAAUAAGCUUUGAGUAAAUAGAUUGGACGGCAGAACAAGAAAACGUGGCGAUUGAAAGACCGCGGGACGGGUGUGCAGUAUCAGUAAUUUUAAAAGGUUUCGAUUAAGAGGAGAUAAGUGUUUUUUGUACUGAUGGUCCUUUGGUGUUGAUUUUCACAGUCGCUGGAUUCGCUUAUUAUUUGGUCGAGAGUUUCCAAUGGUUGAUGUCUUGGUGUUGUGGGAUGCGCUCUUUGCGGAUGGUCCAAUGUUAGACCUGGUCGAUUAUAUCUACAUCAGUAUGUUGGAAGCCAUAAGAGAUCGACGUACGUAUCUUUUUCCUUCAACAAUAUUUGCAGUAAGGUCCCAGCAGGUAUCAAUUUUUGUAUCAAAACGGAGAGUUUUUCUCCUUUCUCAAAAAAAUCCUCGUCCACGCGUUGCGUUUUUUUAAUCGUUUUUUUUUCCAUCCACAAUAAAACGCAAUAGUAACUAACAAUGGUACCAUCUUUGAUGGGAGCGUGUGCAUCUACUGGAAUCCAAAUCUUCAAAAACCUCCGUCUUUAUCCAUCCAGACGAGUACAGCAAAACGGCGUUUUCGAAAAUCUCCACCGGAGGGGAGCGUUUUUGAAAAGAUGCGUUUUUGGUGACCGUUUCCACCGAGUACGCGUGGACGGUAGGCCAAACCGGAGGAAAAAAAAUCGGUCAAUUUAGGUUUCCGGGAAACUGCCCACUCACCCCUCCCCUAAGCCAACAUUUUGCACUAAGUGAGAAGUAAGUGAUAAUGUUGGCUUAGGGGAGGGGUAGGUGGGCAGUUUCCCAGAAACCUAAAUUGAUUAAAAAAAAUCUCCCUUUUCAAACAAAAACGGAUACGUGUAACGUGGCAAGUCUAGAGGCGUAUUUGUCCUUCAUGAAAAAAAAACAAUUCCAAAGAUUCGUGCAAAUGCAAACUCCCCCUUGAUAGUCUCGCUCCCAGAUACGUUAACUCCCAAUAUGUACAGUAGGGUUAUAUGUAAGCCUGUGGUUGAUGAUGUUCUUAUGUCCUUUUUUACAUUGUAAAGCGCUUAGAACAGCGAUAUAUAAGCGCUAAAUAAAUUCCAUUAUUAUUAUUAUUAAUAACUCGCUGCGUCUCAUUAAGCGGAUGAAGAGUGAGAAACAACUUUUUUUUCUUUAAUUGCUAGAAGCGUAUAGUUUGAGAGAAGUAAUCAAUCGGGGUCGGACCUUAGUUGUCUUUCCCGUGGGGGAGUUUGUUGGUGGGGGAACUGAAGCUUUGUUCACACUAUACUGGUUAGGUUUUACGCCAGCACGAAAACUAUGCCUGGUAAGGCAUCUCUUCACACAUAAGGACGGUGAUUUCGGCGCGAUAUCUGUAACGGAGCGAAGCUGCUCUGCCACUGUCACUAAAGUGGAGAGUCACAUAUCGGAUAGGCAUCCGCUUUAAUGGUGAACGUAACCUGAAUUUAUGCAUAUUUACGGGGAGUUUACAACCAAGUAGAGUCACGGAGGUUACGGGACUGACAGAAGUGUACUAUCUAUCCAUCUUUACGAGUUAGAAACCCAUUUUUGCUCUGGGAAUAAUUCUAUCUUAUUCUUGUUUAGUACUUGCAGGAAGUUACUCCGCGUGCAUGGGUUAUUUGAUGAAAUUUCCCGGCGGCUUUGAUGACGUGUAUCGUUACGUCAAAACUGCGUUAAUAAUGCGAGAGAACAAGGUAAAAAUGAUAGAUGAUGUCAGUUUUCUAACUAUUGGUUGGUUAUCCUGUGAGCAGAGUUAAUUGGUUAUUUUGUGUCACGGCGAUUUUAAUCUGUGGCACUUGACUUGAAUGAAGUGAUUUUUGUCAGUUUUCUGUAGUUUGGUCUAGCGCCAGGAAAAUAAUACUCAAUAAUAAGAUAAAAGACGCUUUACAUUUCAAAUAUUCACAUCCAAGGCAUCUAGAUGACAAAAAAUGUUCUUUGUUUUAUUUUUUAUUAUUAUCUUUUUAGAAUUGCAUCCAUGUUACUAGAAGGCAUUUCACGUUGAUCAUUAUCGAACUUUAAAUGGUUAUUUUGGCAGUUAAUUGCAUCGCAUGUAUUUAUCUUUGUUACUUUAUAAAGUUCAUAUUUGUUUUAUUUACAAGCCAUCCUCGACUCGAUCCAGUCCCCGUACAUCACCCCAUCCAGCGCCUCAUACCACGCACGCAUCCGGGACCUUUCCACAAAGAAAGGUUAGUCACAUGUUUGACUUUCGAGUCAAGCGAUAUUUACGUCACAACUCACAAUCGCCGUCUUUUUUGUUGCCAUAGAAACUUGGACCAAAGAGACCGCAGUCCGCGUUUACGUCAUUCACUAAACGCUACCAGCAGUUUAUAGAACCAGUCAAGCAAACGGUCACAAAGCCUGCCGGGAAGGAGCAAGCUCAGCAAGUUGUUAGGGACACAAGCCAUGGUGGGCAUUUUUUUGAUAGUCAUGUCUACCACUUUUCUCAACCCAAUCAGGUCGCGAGAAACCGGGAUAGUCAUAAAAUUUAAGAAUUUCAUUUUCCAGGCCUGGAAAUUCAUGGAAAAUUAAAGUUAUGUAUGGUAGAUUAGUGUCUGCAGAUGCCAAAGCAAGGACAAAGCAUGAUACAGACGAGUAAUUAAACCGAGAGCGCGAACGGCACGCAUUUUGAUGGACACCAGAGUUUGUGUCUGUCGAACUGAGUUAGGUCAAAAAAUACCCUGAAACAAGAAAAGUUUUGAAAAUUUUCGAAGUUGACAGGUUAAACUAAGGUCAUGGAAAGCUUGAAAAGGUUAUGGAAAGUCAUGGAAUUUAAAAAGCUCAGAAGAAUACGAACUUAACAAAGCUGAAUUAAGUUGCUAGGGAACUAACAUUGAAUUUAUCUUAAAAGAAACUCAGGUCGCAGAUAUGACAUGUUCCUCCAGCACUCCAGGAUUAAUAAAUUAUGCUAUAACAGUACCACUGUUGCAUAUAUUUCUUGUUACUAAGUUUUAUGUCUGUUGAUUGUCUUUAGUGGAGGAACUCGUCUCCAGAGGAUCUCGGCCAGCCAGGCCCGGUUCGGUCCCAGUUCUAGAAGCGAGAGACCGCUUAGACACUGGUCCCCAAUCCAACAGUCCAACGAAUCCUGCGAAAGGCAUGAAAUCAAUCAAGGGGAAACUAAUGGCUCGACCCAGGACUCGAUCAAGAGUGGAUUACGACGAACUGGCUCAGGUUAAAUAAUAUAACAAGAUUACUCUUAAUUUAGAUCUAUCUUUUUGUCUCAAUUUCUUUUUUUUUUUUGUGGAAAACCACCAACAUGGUGAGUUGAAUUUCACACAGCGAAAGUCAAAAGAUGGAAGAAAGUGUAGAAGGGGAGACUGAGAGAGUUGGCCCGAAAAUGUUUGUUUCAAUGAUGUGUACUUUUAGAAGUCCGUGAAAACGGAAGUUAGGCCUCCGAGACGUCCGCUAAAAUUUAAUAUCAUGAUGUUAUCUCAACUCAACGGAGCCUGCUAACAACCUAUUAGUCACGACGGCUUUUAAACGGUCUUACUACACUGCACCUAGAAACAGUAUCAUUUUACAUCAGGCAUACUGCUAGUCUGAAAUGUCAUCCAGCUUCUCACCUCACACCCCCAACGGGGCGACAAGUCGAGUCUCUCUCGCCUUGCCGCCCCGCCCGGGAGUGGACGGGGUUGGGCUAGGAGACGGAUGACAUUUCAGACUAGCAUCUGCACGUCUGUCUGUCCAGCCCGGUUGUCUCGGUUAGUUUCCUCUUGCAAAUGUUUGUUGUUUUCGCUCUCUGUUGUAGGAUCACGAGCGACUUCAGCGACAGGUAUCGUCGCUUAAAUCCGAACUGGAUAAAGUGCAAGGGAUGUACUUGUACUGUGGAAGAAAAAUGGACUCGUAUAUCGGUGGGUGUCGUCUGUUUUGUUUUAAUAAGCCGGUAAUAUUGCAGUGGUUUUAUUGUAGCAAUUAUUGAAGCCUUUGCUAAUGACUUCGACUUAAAUUCCUUUGAAAAUUAGAAUAACUGAUCUCAAUCAACUGUUUCCUCCAAAGGAUUUCUCUUUGACCCUUUCACUGCCAAAUAUGGCCAAAGGCAAAUUUGGACCAAAUUUCAUUUUGUAAAAUUUUGAAAAACAAAUAGGGCCAUGUGUAAGUACAGGCGGAGAGCUUUCAUUUGAAUGGUCACAUCAUAGGAUUUUGUCCACAGAUGCAAAAGUUAGAAAAACAUACUAAAUAAAUAGUACCUUGUGAAAGUACUGCUGAAGAGGUUUCAUUUGAAUGGUAACACCAUAGGAUCUCAUCCAUAGACUCAAAAGUUAGAAAAACAUACUAAAUAAAUAGUACCGUGUGAAAGUACUGCUGAAGAGGUUUCAUUUGAAUGGUAACACCAUAGGAUUUCGUCUGUAGACUCAAAAGUUAGAGUCACCUUACAAAACUCCAUGAAGCACUCUGGUAGUGAAAGGGUUAAUUGACUUUAAGCCAAGUGUUUUAAAACCCGUUAAAAAGACAAUCUUUACACUUGAAUCUGUGUGAAAAGUUGUCUUUGAUUAUCUCUAGUUUCCAGAUUUAGUUUAAAUUGAGCAGUGCAUUUUCUGUUCUAGACCUUCUUCAAGAUGAACUGACGAAGGAAGAAGAUCGAGUAGGAGAUGUUGUAUAUUUGUGCCUGGCGGGCUUAAAACAGGUUAGGUAUUGCGUUUCUUUUUUGCUGGAGAAAGAAAACGUCGGCGCUUAAAAAGUGAUUGGCGUUCUUUCAAUCCCUAUCUCGAUCAUUCUAACUGGAUUGUUUUGUUACUGUACAUGCAAGCCAACUCCUCUGGCCUUGAAUUCCUAAGAAUCAUAUCUAAGUUCAGAAAGAAAACGUCGUCGAACCUUGAUUACGUACGCGAUAAAACGUGAUAUUUGGCAUUUUCACGUCGUCGUCGUGUCGUGACUGCAAAGAAAUGUACAAAAAAUAAUUAUGCUAAUCUAAACUUUUUUUGACGUUCUCGCUGCCGUCGCCGUCAACGUCGUGGCACCUUAGGCCCCACCCCGUCCACAGACGAAUCCGGACACUUUUGACCCCGGUGGGGGGGGGGGGGAGGGUACUCCGAAUUUCAAUUGACAGUGACGAUCUUUUAAUCUAGCUUGAUUUAAGUAGGGAUUUUUGUGGGUAUUCAAAACUUAUGUUUCUAUUUUUCGUGUUAUAUCAUUUAAUGCUUUCUGGAAUUUUUAUAAUUAUGGCUUGGAAAUUCAGCAUGGGAUUUUUAUGGGGUUAAAUUUUGGUGGAGGGAUUUGUUUGGGUUUUGCUGGAAGCCCUAGGGAUUUUUUUAGGUUUUGAUUUUUGACCCCAAUCGAUCAUCCCUGUCACUUGAAAUCCGGAGUACCCCCCUGGGAUUUUUGAAACCGCAUAUUUUACUCCCGUCGUCGUAUGGACGAGACCUUAAACUACUCUGGAGAGCGGUUUCAAAAAGAUGCAGUGAGACGUGGUCUUAAACUCGCAAAAGCCACAGCCAUGGGAAGCAAGGGAUGGCGCAGUGGUGAGAGCGCUCGCCUCCCACCAAUGUGGCUCGGGUUCAAAUCCCGGCGUCGACGCCAUAUGUGGGUUGAGUUUGUCGUUGGUUCUGUCCUUUGCUCCGAGAGGAUUUUCUCCGGGUACUCCGGUUUUCCCUUCUCCUCAAAAACCAACAUUUUCAAAUUACAAUUCGACCAGGAAUCAGGUACACUAAAAACCACUUUAUGGAUGUGCUACCUCCAAUUCAUUAUUUCUUUAUUUUUUAUUUACAAACCUUCUUUGGAGUGUUCAAUAAAAAGCAUUUGAACUUAAACCAAAGAACAACAAUUUGAGUACAAUUAUGAUAAUGUUCUACAGGUGCGAGAUUUGUUGAAGGGGACUUUAGCAUUCCGUGGAUCAACGAUGGAAACCGAAUGCGACUUUAUGGAGAUUGACAACAACAUAGCGGCUCGUUUACAGGUUUCAUCGGUACAACGACCGAAAAGCAGUGAGCUCCCGGAGAGCCUUCCUGUUCCGAUGCUCGCUAAUUUUGGCCACUUCGAGGAGACUGAUGAGAAGGAAAGCAGCUUUAUGACAACCAACGAAGAUAAAAACGCGAGUGGAGAAACAGAAGCAUCGGCGGACGAGCCAACGCCUGGCUUGUUACCUGCCAACGCACAGAGGGAAGAAGAACUUAGAACUGACAACGUAGAGGCUGGAGUUUCCAAAGCCAGUUCGGAAAAUCCGGAAUUAGGAGGAGAUUCGACGCAGAAUGUGACUGAUCAGGACGCCGAUUUUGAAGCAGAUGAUGGAAAACCAUUUUUGAAUAUUGGGGAUUUACACCAUAGUAUUGACUCUGUUGGUUCAAAUCCUUUAUUUGGCGAAGAAGAUAUUUCCAGUAAAAACAUGGAGGAGUUUAAUGAUAAUUUUAACAGAACAAGUGAACCACUUUUUCCAGCCCUUGAGCCUACAGUCGAGAACGAGGUUAGUCAGCUCGAAAGUACGACAGAUCAAAGGAACGUUCAAGGCGGUGAAGAUAGCUCAGGCGUCGUAACUCAGACUGAUUCUUUAUUUGACGUUUUUAAUGAGUUGUCAGUAGGCGCGUCAGAGAAAAAAGAAACUGGAGACGAGAAUAACGAUGCUCUUGGAGGAAAAAGGGAGACCGAUUGGCGUUCGCCGCUCUUCGGGACCGAUUCGCCGAGCGACCGCGAAUUCGUAUUUGUAAAUCGCGACGGCACCGCGCAGAGCUCUCCCCAGCUCUCUAGGCAUCCUUUGGAGAACAGUGGCGAAUUCUUUUACUGAAAGGACAUGGUUGAUUUCCCAUUGUUGAAAAAUGAAUAGUUGUACAGUGAUAGACUGUUCGACAGCUUCCAUUAAAAGGAAACACUUUAGCAUUUUAGCCCACGCGAGACUGUCUUGUACUGUAAAAUUUGUACACCUCAAGUUACAAGCACUAAGCAUUUGCUUCAACCGGAUCGAUUAGUCACAAAUGAGAUAUUUUGUUUAAGAAUUUGUGCAUGUAUAGUUUUUAUUUUUGUACAUAUAUGACGCGUUGGUUUCUGAAAAUUCAAAACUCGUCAUUUAUUUCAAAAGCUUCGUUCGGAGGAAAAUUCAAGGUGCUCUCAAGGAGUAAAAAUAAGUCCUGCACUGCGGAGACUUUUGUCUUUGCGGAGUGUAAUGAGAAUAGCGAUGUACGGAAAAGACUGGAUUCUAGAACCCAGGACACUGUCCGCGACUUGAUACAUUAAUAAGGUUAAAAGAAAGACGUUAUCUUAAAAGAAAGAUUUUAGAACUUUGGCGGACAUUCGUGAACGAUAAAUUUAGGAUUAUUUCACUUAGACAAGGUAUCAAUGUCAGGUCUUAAGGUCGUCACGAAAUAAUUCAAAUAUAUAGGUUAUAAAAGUAUAAUUGAUACAGAGUAAGUAUUGUAAGUGAAUAAAGAU